UUUUUUUUUAUUUUUUUAUUUUUUUAUUAUUAUUAUUAUUCUUAUUACAUUUUAUUUGACAAACAUUGUUGGUAACAACUUUAGUAUUGACAUUCAGACGAUCUCAAAACUUUACCAACUACUCCUACCACUCAUUAUAUACACAACUACUCAAAGGAUAGACGGCAAUCCUUACACGCUAGCCGCACCCUCAUCACCAGAUCGCGAGCGUGCCGUACGCCGUGUCCAACCUUCAUAGCUCCUUUUCGGUCCAUCUCAAUAGGCACGCUAUGCCCAAUUCUCCCACGCUUACGGAACAGCACCCUCUCCCACCCCCACUCACCAGAGCCAACUCGGUUGUCUCACUCUAUCAGUCAUGCCUCAACCUGAUGGAACGUUUGGCGGGAGUGCCCGAUUUUGAGCAGUACCUGGAUCCAGAGUUCUUGCAGAACAUUCAGGCAGGGGUUUCCACCCUUACCAGCCCCAACGACCCAGUUUCUCAGCUCUGGACCCUUUUCCGCCUUGGCGCGCCCCUAGCCUGUAUCUUCAACGGCCUCCGACCUAAGGAGCCCUUGAAGAUCAACAACAAAGACACCAAUCUCACCAAUAUCAAUGCCUGCAAAAUCCCCGUCUUCCGCUUCUUAGUUGCUUGUAGGCAGGAACUUCAGUUCAAGGACGAGGACCUCUUUACUAUCUCUGAACUUUACCAAGAUGAUACCAACGGGUUUGUUAAGGUCAUCAAAACUAUCAGUAUGGUCUUGGAUCGUAUGGAGACGCAGGGUUUGCUCCAUGCAAGGCAGUUCAAAUGUAACUCAGAUCCAGUCAGGCCUACAGAUAACCGUGCUAAGGUUGUGAAUGAGAUCUUGGAAACUGAGCGCUGCUAUGUUCAGGACCUUGAGAACCUGCAGGCAUACAUGCGUGCACUCCAAUCAGACGGUAGCAUAAUCUCAGCCGAGACUAUCCAUCUCAUUUUUGGCAAUCUCAACGUUCUCGUGGAUUUCCAGCGGCGCUUUUUGAUUGCCAUCGAGGCCAAUGCAGCACUGGCGCCCCAGGACCAGAACUUUGGUCAAGUUUUUUCUCAGCAUGAGGAGGCAUUUGCAGUCUAUGAGCCCUUUUGCGCUAAUGUCAAAGCUGCCAGUGCAUUGGUCGUACAUGAAAAUGAAAAGCUUCAGAGAAUGAAUCACCUACUGGAUGCACAGCAUGGGAUCAACUCCAACCUUAUCAAGCCAGUCCAGCGCAUUUGCAAAUACCCGCUCUUUAUGCAUGAGCUUAUCAAACUGACAGAUCCAGAUCAUCCUUACUAUAGUAAUCUGCUUGAGGGCCAAAAUGCAAUCAAGCGCGUUGCUGAGAAGAUCAACGAGACCAAUCGUAGACAGGACAAUCAGGAGACUGCAAAGGCUCUUCAGCAUAUGGUUGCCUGGAAAGACGGAGAACUCGUAUCCGACUUUGGCGCCUUGCUUCUACAUGAUACGUUACUCAACCCUCGCGGUCCACCCGAUAAAGCGCUUGAUGUCUAUUUGUUUGAAAAAAUCUUAGUCUGCUGCCAGAGCAUGGUCAUCCGCAGGAGACAGCCAAAGACGCUCGUCCGUGGCGCUAAACCCAAGCCCACACUGCAUCUGAACGGACGGAUCUACAUCAACAAUAUCAAAUCUAUCCUUCCAGUCUCCAGUGCCGGCUCGUAUGUCUUGCAUGUGGUCUGGAAUGUCGCUGCAGAGGAGUUUGAGCUGCGCUGCAGAAAUGAAGACCAACUUAAAAAGUGGCACAGCGUCCUUGACAAGCUCGUAACUGAGGCCAAUACUGAGCGCUCCAACACUGUGACCAUGAACAAUUAUGUAGAGACUUCAACUCCUUCAUACGAAUCAUCAUUCUUCCAUGAUGAUGAUGAUUAUCUAGAAGAUGAAUUGGAAGGUGAUGAUGAUGAAUAUGAUGAGCCACGUGGUUUUCGCAGCUACUCACUUCCAUUCGGGCUUUCAUCCCAGGCAAAUGGACAGGGAAAUCGUUCUCGUAUCAAAACGGAGGAAGGUUCAGUGCCACCGUCUAAUGCUCGAACUGGUAGCAAUGGCUCCGGUAUGACUUUGCCGCCAUUGCCUCGUACUGCCAGCAGCGCAAGCACAACGAUGGGUGUCGUCUCUCCAGGAGAGUAUCCAUAUUCUCCUCCAGCUUCCUAUCCAGCCUCCCCCACGGCUUCCAACCCUCGAGGUUCAGGCAGUAGCGGUUCCUGGCAGAGACGAAGUAAUGGGGAUGGUCACUCGCCUCUGAAUGAUACCACGUCAAGUUUUCUGGGAUCUGAAGAGCAUAGUCAACCAAUGAUUAGAAACGCCUCUGCAGGUUACUUGUACAACACAACGCCUCCGGCUGUCCCUCCGGUGCCUCCUGUCCCUGGACCUCUUAGAGUUCGUGCGCUCAGCAGCUCCAAUAUUCAUGCUUCUACCAAUGUGCUUCCCACAUGGAGUGACAUGCCAGAGCUGCCCACUCAUCACCAAAAGUUUUCUAGUGGUAGUGGAGCUAAUUCACCUACCACACCUUAUCCAAGCAAUGCCUAUCCAACCGUUCAUGCCGUGCCUAGCGCACUUUCGAUCCCAGACUCUGCUCGCAUGCUACGUCAACAUUCAUCCUGCAGCAGUCUCAGUACCAAUGGCGCGCCACAACUCCGAAUCAAAGUCAAUUUUCAAGAGGACUCGUACCUGAUUGUGGUCCCUAUGCAAAUCAAGUACAGUGAAUUGAUCGAGCGAGUAGAAAAGAAGAUUAGACUGUGUGGCAGCCGCCGGUCCGAAACGCAUCCUCUUCGUCUCCGGUACAAAGACGAAGAUAAUGACUAUAUCAUUAUGAAGGAUGACGAUGACAUUUCCUUGGCCUUUGAGAGCUGCUUUACCGACGGCAUCAUGAAUCUGCAUGUCAGUUAAGAGAAAGUCCGACGCUUUCUGUAAAGGGUUUUAUAGCCUGUUCCCGCUGGAGACAGGGACCGCCCCGGAUGGGGAUAGGGAUAUCGUUGUUUUGAUUCGUGCCUCUUCUUGCUUUGCUCUCGUUCUGCAUAAUAUUUAAAUAUUUUUUUCUUUUCGAUCUUUUUCUUCUUUCCUCCUUUCUUUCUUUUUCCUCCACUUUUCACGAUGCCUCAUUAAAUCAUCUCACCCCUUUUCCACCCUUUCCCUCCCAUUAAGAUCAUCGCCAUCCCUGGUAUGACACCAAGUCGAAAAACACUA